UUUUAGCAACCACCGAGUCGCUAGAUGGCGAUAGUGAUAACUAGCGAGGUAUUAACAGUGUGGGUCGAAUCGAAAGAAGAAGAAAAAUCUACUAGUCAAUCCACUGAAGGAGAGUCACGCUGUUGGACUUGACUAGUUUCUCUAGCAUUUGUCUGUCCCAGGGUCAAGAUGCAGGUACCAGCACAAUCCAUCAUUCAUAGUGGCUACUUCCAUCCAACAUUAAGAUCCUGGCAGACCUGUGCCACAGAUAUAAAAGCAGAAAACUUAAUAUACCCAAUUUUCAUCACAGACAAUGUUGAUGCUGUGGAGCCUAUUGGAAGCCUGCCUGGACAAGCCAGAUAUGGAGUGAAUAAACUGGAGGGAAUGUUGCAGCCGCUUGUAAUGAACGGUUUGAAGUGUGUGCUGAUUUUUGGGGUGCCUGCAAAUAUAGCAAAGGAUGACAGAGGGUCAGGGGCAGACACAGAUGACACACCAGCCGUGAUGGCCGUGAAGAAGAUCAGAUCUGUUUUCCCUGAUCUGCUGGUGGCAUGUGACGUCUGCUUGUGUCCCUACACGUCACAUGGUCACUGUGGUAUCUUGAAUGAAGAUGGCUCUCUGAACAAUGAUGCCAGCUGUUUGAGACUGGCAGAAGUGGCAUUAGCCUACGCCAAAGCUGGUUGUCACAUAAUUGCUCCCUCUGAUAUGAUGGAUGGCAGAGUCUGGGCCAUAAAACAAGCAUUGCUUGCAAAUGGUAUAGGAAACAAGGUGUCAGUGCUAAGCUACAGUGCCAAGUUUGCUUCAUGUUAUUAUGGCCCCUUCAGAGAUGCUGCACAGUCCAAGCCAGCUUUUGGGGAUAGGCGCUGCUACCAACUCCCUCCUGGAGCGAGAGGGCUUGCCAUUCGAGCUGUGGAGCGUGAUGUAAGAGAAGGAGCCGAUAUGCUAAUGGUGAAACCGGGUCUGCCGUAUUUGGACAUAGUGAGAGAAGUCAAGGACAAGUUCCCCACUCAUCCCCUUGCUGUCUAUAAUGUGUCGGGAGAGUUCGCCAUGAUGUGGCAUGGAGCACAAGCCGGAGCGUUUGACUUGCGAGUUGCUGUGAUGGAGGCCAUGACCGCCUUCCGCAGGGCAGGUGCUGACAUUAUCAUUACUUACUACACCCCUCAGUUGCUCGACUGGUUGAAAGAGUGACGAAUGAAGAUCAGAGCCUCAUUGAAGAAGAAAUUGUCUUUAAAGCUAACUACCAAAAAGCUGCACUUGAAACUGUCAGGGCAACACGCUUUGACAAAUUCAGUACAUUUAGGCAUUCAUUUAAAGUCUUUGUUGGUGGGAUGUGUGUAAAAACAUGUUAUAUUAGUUUUUGUUGUAUGCAUUUUUUAAUAUCCCAGAUUCCUAGCUAUAUAAAUUACAAACAAACAAUUUAAAAGUU